CUGUGCGGUUGAAAAAAAUGUGUCCAAUUUUUGCCACGCUACUGGCUCUGGCAGUACUCGCGGCCCUGAUCUACGUGUUUCUCAUAUGGAACUUUAAUUACUGGCAGAAGCGCGGCAUUAAAACGGCCAAGUCCUCUCCGUUUGUGGGCAGCUUCCCCAGCAUUUUCACACAAAAGCGGAAUGUAGUCUACGAUAUCGACGAUAUAUAUCGCAAAUACAAGAAUACGGAUAACAUUGUGGGCGUUAUGAACACGCGAGUGCCUCAGUUGAUGGUCUUGACUCCGGAAUAUGCGCACCAAGUGUUUGUUACUGAAUUUCGCAGUUUCCAUGACAAUGAAUUUGGUAGAUUUACAAAUGAAAAAACCGAUAAGAUCUUAUCCAACAAUCCGUUCAUAUUGACGGGUGAGCAGUGGAAAGAGCGACGCGCUGAAAUAACACCCGGACUGAGUGCCAAUCGUAUAAAUGCCGUCUAUCCCGUCACGAAAUCUGUGUGCCACAAAUUUGUAGAGUAUAUUAAUCGUCAGCGCCAAAUGGCGUCCACCGAUGGCGUGGAUGCCAAACAAUUGUGCCUUUCCUAUACCACCGAAGUGGUGUCCGAUUGUGUGCUCGGAAUUUCGGCGCAAAGUUUUACUGAGAAGCCAAUGCCCUUGGUGGGCAUGAUCAAGCGGGUGUUCGAGCAGUCCUUCGGAUUCAUAUUGUUUCAAACGAUGGCUAAUUUUUGGCCCCCUAUAAGCAAGUUCUUCUCCGUGCCGCUGUUUUCAAAGGAGGUGGAGGAGUUCUUCUUUGAUCUGAUGGAUAAAUGCAUUUCGUUAAGGCGGCAGAGUGGGCCACGCGAUCGUCUAGAUUUUCUCAACUACAUACUGCAGUUGCAGGACAAAAAGGAACUUAACGUAUUGGAGGUGACCUCCCACACCAUCACCUUCCUUACUGAUGGCUUUGAGACUACUGCGUUGGUAAUAGCGCACACCCUCUUGCUACUGGGCCGUAAUCCCGAAGCGCAGCAGAAGCUCUUCGAAGAAGUAGGCACAUCACCGCUGGAUUUUGAGCAGUUGAGUGAACUGCCUUUCCUCGAUGCAUGCAUUCAUGAGACGCUGCGAAUAUUCUCGCCAUUGUUGGUAGCCCGCAAGUUGGUCACGGAGCCGUUUGAUUUUGUCAACAAAGAUGGCGUUAGCGUGCGCGUUUUGCCGGGUGAUGUAGUCAUCGUACCCGUGCACUCCCUGCAUCAUGAUCCGGACUUCUACGAGCAGCCAGAGGAAUUUAUGCCGGAGCGCUUCUUGGAGGCGAACGGUGGCGUGCGCAAAUAUCGUGACCAGGGCCUAUACUUCGGAUUUGGCAGUGGGCCGCGCGUGUGUCUAGGCAUGCGCUUUGCACUCACACAAACGAAGGCGGCAUUAGUGGAAGUCGUGCGUCAUUUUAACAUUAAAGUUAAUCCGCGCACACGCAAGGAUAAUCGCUUGGAUGACACGUUUUUCAUGGCCACGCUCAAAGGUGGUAUUUGGCUGGAUUUCGAGCAGAGAGCCUGAUGAGCCAAUAAAUAUGCGAAAUGGCCAAUGCAACGCCAUUGUUUUAAAUUUUUCUUAAAAAAUAUAAUCGACACGCUACUUGCUAUUAAAUAAAAUUGCCUGCGGUGGAAAAUUGAAUUUUUACGCCAUAA